AUGUGCGGCAGUGAGAAUGCGAUGACUAUGCCAUUCUGGCACCCCGACGAUGCGUCUACCGAGGUACAAGGCACUGGAGAGUCCAUCUACAGGCACGAAGUCCUCGAGACCAUAGAAUCAGUCAUGGCAUCACUGGAUGAGGAGCUACGCGCUCUUAGUCUUGACAUACACGCUCAUCCAGAGGUUCGCUGGGAAGAACAUCGUACACAUGAUGCCCUCACUGUGUACAUGGAAAACAAAGGUUGGGCUGUGACCAAGCACCAUCUUCUUCCUACCGCUUGGGAGGCGAGGUCAACUUACGGCACCGGAGGCCCCAUUUUGGGAGUUAAUUCAGAGAUGGACGCCCUUCCUGGUAUCGGGCACGCGUGUGGCCAUAACCUGAUUGCUAUCGCUGGUGCAGCGGUGGCGCUUGCCGUAAGGGCAGCCCUCGAGACACACGAUAUCCCAGGCACUGUCAUACUGCUUGGUACUCCAGCCGAAGAAGGAGGCGGAGGAAAAGCGAUAUUGCUCGAGAAAUGUGCAUACGAGGGCAUGGCUGCCUGUCUAAUGUGUCACCCGGCUCCCGGUCCCAAACAUUCUGCGAGCCUGAGCAGUUGCCUUGCGCGACAGAUCCUGGAAGUCGAGUUUUUCGGUCACACCGCGCACGCCGCGCUGUCUCCCUGGGAAGGCCAGAACGCUGUUGAUGCCGCCGUACUCGCAUACAACGGCAUCUCCGCGCUGCGCCAGCAGCUCCGGCCCACGCACCGCGUGCAUGGCAUCUUCAUCGGGAAAGACUGGACGCCCAAUAUUAUCCCGGACUAUGCGAAGAUGAUCUGGUAUGUGCGUGCACCGACCCGCGCCGAAAUGGACGCGUCGACACAACGCGUCAUCGCGUGCUUCGAGGGUGCAGCCAUCUCGUCUGCGUGUCGGCAGGAGUUGCACAAGGGCGCCGCGACAUUUGAUCUCAGACAGAACAAGGCGUUAGGGGACGAAUUUGCUGCUGUAUUCCGGGGCCGGUACGGACCCGUCGACUACGUGCAUGGCAUCGCUGGUGCUUCGACUGAUUUUGGCAACGUCACUUACGCUCUUCCCGCCUUGCACCCGUCCUUCGGAAUCCCGACGGUGCCGAACGGGGGGAACCACACGAUAGCGUUCACUGAAGCUGCUGCUACCGUUGCGGCACAUAGGGCCACUCUCAACGUUGCCAAGGCGCUUGCGGCUACGGGCGUUCGCGUCCUGGAUGACACAGAUUUCCGCGCAGAGGUCAGAAAAAGCUUCAAUACCGACUGCCGCAUAAGGGAUAGUAUAUCAGAGUUUAUCGCUGUAGCUCAUGGGCGGCUAUUCACCUCAGCCUCGAUACCCAUCCUCAUGUCUAUUUUGCCACACCAAGGUCAGGCUUUCCUUUCACCAGAGAUAUGGGACAUCAUCAUCCCCAAGACAUCGAGGGCUGGACAGCGUUCCUGUCUCUUCGUUUGCAGAUCGUUCUAUGGGAUAGCAGCGCGAACGUUAUUCUCUUCUGUCUACAUUCACCUCGGCCUCUGUGAUUGGCGGUGGGCUUAUCGGACUCGUGCCCGUGAAGAAAUAGUGCAGCUGGAACGCGAUAACAUUACGCGGGCCAGCGCCCUUCUCGAACACAUCGCGCACGAUGUGGUCUUUGCGUCAUAUGUCCGGAAGAUGGCAGUGUAUGUGUUCAUCAACGAGGCAGAGGAUAGAGUAUCCGAAGCGCGACAAUGCUUACUGUCUGCGCUCAAAAGCCUGCACAAUCUGACCACGUUCGUGGUCUCCCAAUAUCGAUCGUCCCUCGAUGUGGACCAGGAAUGCAUCGACGCGCUAGCUUCAGCGCAUCCGCCGUUGAGAGAACUUCACUUUCCCCAGGAUGGUCCCAUGAAUAUGACACUGGGUGACCUGCGCUUGGACUCGUUCGACCGUUUGGAGUCCGUUACUUUGCAACUUGAGGCUGGUUACAGAGUCGACGGCUUCACCGGAUACGACAGAGAGAAAGAGUUCCUCCGCACUCUCACAAGCGCCCGCCGCGACACGCUCCAGUGUCUGAGAAUCGGCGGGAAUCUCGCUCUCGAUUGCCCCGACGCUCUUGCUCAGGUGCUCCAUCUGAGAGAUCUCGAGUUACAGUACUCCGAAGGAGUGGACGAAGUGGAGACCAUCAUCCAGCGCUGUCCCAACCUGCAUUCAUUUGGUCUUGCGUCGUACAGCGGCGACCAUGAGGGCGUCAUGGAGAUGUUCGCGCGUAACAGCUCGGCUCUACCCCAUCUCACAUCUUUGCGAUACACGGGGUACGAUCCGUUGUAUGGGAAGACCUUUACCCUCGAUGGGCUGGUCGGGUUCGUGAGGGAAAAGGCGCUACUGCGCAGGCUGGACUUUGCCGCCAGUUAUCGCUGGGAAGAACUCAAGACGCUAUUACCAUUCCUCAGAUCAUCGCAGACGCUGCAGACGCUGGGGCUCUCGCUGCAGGCGGAGGUGUUCCGCGAGGAUGAUGCACGGCAUUUGCAGGCACACUUUCCUUCCCAGAUCCGCGCUCUACGCGUGCAUGUUUCAAUCAAGAGCCUUGAAGUGGACGCGGAAACAUGGCACGGGCUGUGGACGCACCUCUCCGAGCUUAGAUUUAUCUACGUCCACGAGGAACAGCACGAGCGCGGUCCCGUGCUUGACGUCGAGCAGCUGGCCUCGAGAGCACCACGCUUGCAGGUGAUCGGCGUCAAUGGCCGUUUCAGGGAGGUCGAGCGCAGAAGCGAUGGCUCGGUCGCCCUCUCCGCGCCGUGGCCGAUGUUCAAGAUUGCUACGCGGGAUUUCGACUGCGACGACUGGGAGUGGCUCAUGUUCGAAUCUACACUGCCGCUCUGGGAGGUCUCUGUGUUGAAUGGCCCUCGGGCCCCGACGACAGGGCUGAUCACGUACUAAUAGAUCAAAUGGUGGGAUGGCGGCCGAGGUCGUUGGCGUACGAUACCCGCGCUUGCCUUCAUCGUUUUCAUUGGCAGUUCACAAUUACUUGAAACCCGCACAAGGUUGUGGCAGUGUUAUGUGCACACGGCGGUGGUUCUUCAAAUGCAGAAGAAGGCAAAAAAAAACAGCAUAUAUGAUUUUCUA